UGGAGAAACUCAGCUUCUUAUCGUACUUUAACACAAGAGUGUGCAGCGUACGGGGGUAUAUAAAUGCAUCAAUUACCAUUAAAAUCGUCAUCAUUGCAUGAUGAAGUACAGUUUCAUUGUAAUCAUCUUCGCUAUUGUCUUUGGUGAAAGACACGUUGCAAGCCUCCCCUACGCUUAUCCUGCUUUUUCUCCAAACAUGUUAGCGGUCCCCUAUGUUCACCCCGUAGCACCUAUAAUGCACGCUGUUCCUGCUUACCAUCCGCACAUCGCUUAUCGCCCCUAUCAUGAGCUGCAAAAUGUUGCUGGAGCAGUAAAGAAAGAAUCAAAUCUGCUUACUGAUGUUGCCGUACGUUUCCCGAUUAGAAGAAGUUGAAGAAGCCUGCUGUGGUCUAAUGACAAAAA